AUGGAGGAAUCUUCGCAAGCUCAAUCCACCAAUCUGCCUCAUGGGCAGGGCAACGAAGGAGGGCAACCUCUUCAAGUCGACGAGGAAGUCAACCAUCCCUGCCUGAAUCACGAGGGUCGCCAACGGGAUCGGCAAGGCAUGCGCUCGGAGGAAGUCGAGAAGCUCGUAAACGACCGACUUCGUAACUUAAAGAUCGGUGGAAAUUUCGAAGAUGCUCUACGCAGGGAGGUGGACCAAGCAAACUCUACGCCCUUCACUAUCGAAAUCGAGCAAGCCGCUCCCCCGAAGAGAUUCUCAACGCCUUCAUUCACGCAUUUCAAAGGAGAUUCCGAUCUCGAGAGCCAUCUAAAGCACUUUAAAAGUAUCAUGAUCUUCUACAAGGCUAACGACACGCUGAUGUGCAAGGUAUUUGCAAUGACCUUGCAAGGAGCAGCCCAAGACUGGUUCCACAGCUUGCCAUCUGGGUUGAUCAGCAACUUUAAGGAGUUAGCUCACAUCUUCACCAAAGAAUACACUUCUUGCCGGACGAUCAAGAAGAACCCUGACCACAUGUUCAACCUGCAAAAGAAGGAUGAUGAAUCCUCCGAGAUUACAUCAAGAGGUUCAAAGCAAAAAGGCCAAACAUCAUUGGAUGUGACGAUCGAAUUGCGUCAUCGGCCUUCAAGAGUGGCUUGCCAAUUGAAAGUCUUCGCGACAGCAGAGCGCUAUGCAUUUUGGGAUGAUGACCGGACCGCCGCAAAGAAAGCUGCCGAUCAACCGGUUGAGCCGGCAAGCCGAAGAAAUGACAUGAUAAAAGACAAGGAUGGGGGCAAGUGUGGAUUACAGCCUCAGGGAGGUGCUCCAACAGUUGAGAGCUACACUAAGUUCACUAUUCCGAUACGGCAGAUCCUAGCCCAAGUAAAGAACAUGCCUUGGUUGAAGAAACCAUCGCCUUUGAAGGGAAACCCAGCCAAGACGGAUACCAGUAGGUACUGUGAAUUCCAUGAAGGGCACGGUCAUUACACAAAUGAUUGCUUCGCCUGGAAAAAGCACCUCGAAGAACUGGUCGAAGAUGGCCAUUGCACGGAAUUCAUCGCAAGGAGGGCUAUCCAGAAAAUCAAAGAUCGUGAGGCAACUGCCAAUGAACCUCCACGAAAAAAGACAUACGGAUCAGCACGAUCCUAG